AUGAGCGCCAGAGAUCUCUGGUGCGGAUGUGUGGCUCUUGACGGCUUCACCGACAACGUCUCUGUUUCUGCUUGUGUUGGUCAUCGGCUCGUUUGGGCUGUGAUGUUGGGUUUGUGUGAUGGCUUCUCCAGCUUCUCGGCGGUGGUUCUCCUGGGCUUCAGGAUUGGCUCCGGAGGCAUCAACGAGCAGAGGGUGUGGUUUGCUCGAAUCCUCACGGGUGUGGCGAUUGGCUUCGUCGUUUGCGUUCUCCCCAUUGGCGUUUGUGACUUGGGCGGUGGUCUUGUGCAGUGGUUAAGAUUGGUGUGA